AGGGGCUAGUCAUCUUAAUAUGAGUACUGAUUAUUAUGAUAGAAAAUUAGAAAAGCUGGACAGAAAACGAGGAAGCCGACUACUUGAAUCCGAGGAGAUAAUCGUCGAUCAGUGCCGAUCCUCGGCAGCUAUUUUGCGGAGAAAAUAACAUCUUCCCCACCUUGGCGAAGUGGUCAGCUCGAGCUUCGCUACGCCCCUCUAUCAAGUCCCCCUGUCUCCUACCUGCUAGAUAAUCCCGGACCUCGCUCACACUGCAAAUACUCAGGUUCAAAAUCCCUUUGAACCUGACCACCAACCAUGGCAGAAUAUCUCACCAUGCCCAUCCUUAAUGAACUUAUCCGACGAGUCGAGGAGGACCCAAGAAACGAGGACGUUGAGAAAGCAAUGACAUCUGGUAUUCUCUCUUAUUACUUUCCUAUUGACCAGGGGUUCAUAGUCGCACCCACGUCAACGAGCAGCAAGUGCUCUUCAGGCUUUGAAUUCAUCAUCCGCCAAUUCCAGCCCAGUCCCUCAAAGGAUCGUAUGAUCGUCGAUCACGCCGUGGUUAGAUCGGAAGUGGAUGAUUCACUUCAAAGUUGUAUCAAUCGACUUCGACAUUCCAUUCAGCACCGAAUUUCAGGGGUUGAAAGUUGUUGGGCAAUAUUGGUCCAGAGUCAGUCGGUCUACUGCUACGAGUAUCAUGGACAGCUGCAUGAACAUGAGCGUCUUGUGCCAUGGGCACUAUCCGGUCGAUCUCAGGAGCAGCAUGCGUUUCAUGUACGCAGAGAUAGUGUUCAGAUUAAACGGAUGUAGAGGCAUAUGGCACUACAUGAUACGCCUGCGCGAUGAGACAGUGAAGCGUGUAUGAGUACGGUCGGACAGCCCCGAAGGGCAUAAUCAUAAGUAAUGGAACAAAAUUGAGGGUAUGAGGCGCUUCUAAAGCGCUGGAAUUUUGAAUACCUUCCUCCAGUCAACUAUUCUCUAUUUGCACCAUCUCAACUACGUUUUGAU